AGUACAUCUCCUGAUAAGAUACGCCAGUAUCAAACUAUUGUCAAGUUCAUCUUUCCGUUUCCAAUCAUAUCUCUAGUGUGUAGAAAAAUGUUCACGCGGCAAGCCACCAAAGUAUUACGCAGUCUGCGCAAAGAUAAAACUUGCGUAAGAAUCGAAAAACGGAAUCAUCCGAUCACUCGCAACUCUUCAACCAACGUUGUGAUAAUCGGCGGGGGCGCAAUGGGGGCCUCUGCGGCCUACUGGCUCACCCACAAAUCACCAGGUACUUGCACCGUCACCGUCGUCGAAAAAGACCCAACGUACGCCAAUUGCUCAACAAGCCGCUCAGUUGGAGGAAUAAGACAGCAAUUUUCAAUCCCCGAAAACGUACAAAUGUCCCUAUUCGGCGCAAAAUUCAUCCAAAACCUCAAAAACCAAUUCGGACCCGAAGCCGAUAUCGCGUACGCGCCCAACGGCUACCUUAUCCUAGCCAGCCCCCAAGGCGCCCCACAACUCGCCCAAAACUUCAAACUGCAGCAAGAACUAGGCGCUACUAACACACUCCUGAGUAAAGACCAGCUCCGGGAGAAGUUCAAGUGGCUGAACGUUGACGAUAUCGAGUUGGGGUCCAUGGGUUGUGAGAAAGAGGGCUGGUUUGAUCCCUGGGGGCUGUUGUCCUUAUUUAAGAGUGCCGCUGUUAGUAAAGGGGCACAGUUUGUUCAUGGAGAAGUCCAAAAUUUUGUUUUUACGAACGAUAAUAGCUUGAAAGGUGUAAAAGUCCGGUUACCGAACCGGGACGAAAAAAUAUUGGAGUUUGAUGCGUGCGUGUUGGCGGCGGGGGCGCAGUCCGGGGCUAUUGCCCGGAUGGCGGGGAUCGGCACGGGGGCGGGGGACUUAUCAGUAGCGCUUCCCGUCGAACCUAGGAAACGCUACGUUUAUCGCUUUGAUAGUCAAGGUAAAAAUGUUCCUCCGGUGAACUCGCCCCUAAUGAUCGACUACACGGGGGUGUAUUUUCGCAAAGACGGGCCUGUGUUCAUCGGGGGGCGCUCGCCUGACUCGGACGAGGAGCCCCAAGCCGAUAACUUAGAAGUUGAUUUUAGCUACUUUGACAAUACGGUGUGGCCACUUUUAGCCGCCCGUAUUCCGGCUUUUGAAAGUGUCAAAGUGCAAAGUGCUUGGGGCGGCUUUUACGAAUACAAUACUUUUGAUGCUAAUGGUUUUAUUGGGCCACACUGUACUUACGAUAAUUUAUUUUUUGCGACUGGAUUUAGCGGACACGGGAUUCAACAAUCGCCAGCUGUUGGUUUAGCGAUCGCUGAAUUGAUUCUGGAUGGACGGUUCAAGACAAUUGACUUGAAACGAAUGGGUUUUGAGCGGUUAAUGAAACAACAACCUCUGUAUGAAAUUGGAAUUUAUUAAGUUUACGAAUUUUAUAAAAUGAAUUCCAUGUGUAUAAUAAUGAAUGAACAAUUUCCGCAAAAUAAGACAUGUGACGAUGA